CAGUGACGACAUUCAGUGUGUUUAAAGUUAUACGUAUUAAAAAUGACUUUAUAUCCAUUGAAUAGUUUUGUAGAAAUUUUAUUAAAUUUGUUAUAUUAAAUAAAUAUAUUAAUUGCUCUCGCAUACAGGUACUCUUUUGGAUACAAUAAUUGGUAGAAGAUCUAUUCAGGAUGGAGUCAGAUGACGCUGUUCACGUUCUACAACGCUCUACAGACGCCCUACAGACGUAUACCGUCGGCUGUCAACAGAACAAAGGUCUGGGAGCAUGUUUGUUAGAAAUGUAUAACCAAAGUCUUUGGACUGAUGUGAUUUUUCGUUUCAAAGAUCACGCUGAGGUGGCUACAAUCAAAGCGCACAAGACAGUUUUAGCUGCUAGAAGUCAAGUGUUUCAGGCAAUGUUCUUUGGUCCAUGUGCUGACAAGAAUGACCAGGUGGAACUGGAACACGUAACAAGGGAAACAUUCGACUUAUUCCUUAGGUACGUAUACAGUGAUACUGUGGACCUUUCUACAGAAACAGUGUUUGAAAUUUUGCGUACAGCUCACUGCUACCAAGUUUCCAGUCUUGUACAGUUUUGUGCAGUCUUUUUGAUGAAUGUCAUUACAACGGAUAACGCAUGUGAUGUUCUCAGUAACGCGAUGUUGUACGACCUCACUGCACUGAGAGACACCUGCUGUUCUUUUAUCGACAACCAUGCAUUGGAAGUCCUUAAAUCUGACAGCUUUAUGAAUCUGAAUGAGAAAUGCCUGCUGUAUAUUCUAAAAGGUGAUACAUUGUAUGCAGAUGAAACAAAGAUAUUGGAAGCAGUUGAUAAAUGGGCAAGAAAGAAGAUUGCAGAAAAUGGAGAAGAAGUUAACGGCACGAAUGUCCGUAAAUAUCUCGGCGAGUGUUUUUAUCAAGUACGGAUACCAACUAUGACAAGUGAAUCAUUACUAAGAAGUGUGAGUAGAAGAGGAUAUUUUUCAGUAGAAGAAUAUGCCGAUAUUUCAGGUUACAUCAAUAGAAUAUCGGGUAUAUCCGUUUCUACAAACUCCAGUGUUGGGCGUAUUUCGGAGACCGAGACAGUCCAAGAAAUGUUAGGUUAUUGUAAAGGUGAAGAAAAUAGUUUGGCAAGUGGAGAGAACAAAUACACAGUACAUGAUAGCAUUUCAAGUACAGUUCAAAUAGUUGUAGGACGAGAUGUGUGUUUAUCAAAAAUUGUUAUUGGAAAAUUGUGUCCGUAUGAAACAUUGAAAAAGUCUCUGUAUUCCCCGUUUGAAAAUGAGUAUCAUAAACAAAUUCAAAGUAUAACUAAAAAAGAUAAAGAAAUGUCUCGUAAUAAAUUGAUUGUACAAGUCGAGUCAAUAUGGAAUGAAGUAAAAGGAUACGUUUUAAAGCCAAUUGAAGAGUUGGAACUCCCUGAAUACCUAAACCUAGAUAUAUCAGGUAGUGUCACUAUUGAAAGUCUUAGCUUUAAACAAGAUUUUAAAAUGCAACACCAAGACAACAACGUUAUUAAAAUAAUUCCAGAAUUAAUACUCAAAAAAGCAAGUUCUCCGUACAAAUUAACAGUUGUCCUUCGAUAUACCUGUGGUGGUGCAAUCAAAAUUGGCGCAGUACCCAAAAAAAACUAUUGCGGUUUUUCUGCACACUCACGUGAAAUACACACAAGAUACGUUAAUGGUUUCCAAGGGGCAAUAAAAAGCAUGCAGUUUAAAUUUUUUUCAAAUCGCGAUAUUAAACCUGUCCUUCCUCUGAAAAGUGGAACACAAAAAGUACAUGGAAUCUGUUCCAAAAAGUCGUAGGUGGAAUCAGAAAGACAACAGAAAGACAAAAGUUGACCGGUCAGAUCAAAAGAAAUAACAUAUUAUCCUAAAAUAAAUUUUCAUUUCUAAUUUCACAGAAUUAAACUGUUCACUAUUUUUAUUUGUAUCAUAGUUUGAGGACCUUUUUGUUGAAAGUGCGUUAGAGUAAAAGCGUGCUUUAACUUGAGUGCAGGUAUUAGUUACCCGCACUCCAGAGCAUGCCCAUUGAUUGGCUCGUUUUUUGCUGGGGUUUACUUAUUGUGACGGCAGAGAAUGGGAAAGCGAUAGCAAUAUCAUAUUCAAAUGCUCGUUCAUUGGUUACUUAUUUCUGAGGUUUCAUAUUGUGACAACAGUGACCGUCUCUUUAUGUUUGACAAUGGUACAAAACACUCGGUAAUCCGAUGAAUACUCGUGGGGCUAUGCCUCCUAGUACAAAUCAGAUAGCCUCGUGUUUCGAUGCUCUUUCUAUUACUUAAAAAAGUGUGUAAGCGGAUUAAUAGCUCAGUCGGUAAAUCCGUGGUACGGACAGGCUACAUAUUUUUCCUGCCCUGUAAACACAUGUUUACCACUUUUUUAUUUAUUUUGCAAAAAUAACAUGAUAUUUUGCCCAAACUUUCAGGAAAUAUUUAAAGACAUUUUCCCCGCCUGAUUAUUUAUGCAACAUCCAUCAUUCAUUAAAGUAUUUACUUUCGUAUCGGCCUAGUUAACGUUAUUAUCGGUAAUGUAUUAAGUUAACUUAAAUUAUUAUGAAGUGAAAGGUCCAGUAAAAACGUAAGUAUCUCAAACUUUUGCAUGUCGGAAAAUAUAGAAAUGUGUAUUAUAAAAUGU